CAGAAAAAUUUUUGGUGCCUUUUUCAAAAUUUUCUAAAAAUUUUCUUCAAAAAUGGAUAAAAUUUGUCGUACCUGUGCCAAAGAAUCCAAAAAAUUAACAGCUUUUUGGACAAACAGAGGUCGACGGAAACCCUCUAACAUCGUAGAAGACUUAAAUUUCCUACUUUUGGGACGAGAUUCGAUAAAAGAAUCGCCUGAAGAUCCAUUACCGACGAGUAUUUGUUCAGAAUGCAUCAAAAAAUUAACUUCCGCUGUCAGUUUUUUGCGAGAAUUUCUCUUGGCGCAGAAAAAACUGAAGGAAUUGUGUGAAGCAAAAGCUGAAAAAAUACUAAAAAUUGAAAUUUUGGAGAAAAAGAGAAAAGUUCCUGAACGAAAAGCCGUGACAAAAGUGAAAAUUGAAGAAAUUGUGGAAGAAGUGCCUCCCGAGGAAGAUGAAACGAGAUGUUUUUCUGAUCCGGAUGAUGAUGAACGUGAUGAAAAUCCGUCAAAAGACUCAAAAGAAGGUCUUUUCAUCGCCAACGCAAGUCACCAAUGACAAAAAAUAUCAAUGCAGCUAUUGUUCUCGGGUACUGGGGAACAAAUUUCGUCUUCGUAAUCACAUGAGAAUUCACACCGGAGAACGUCCUUUCGUAUGUAAAACUUGUAACAAGGCCUUUGCGCAACCAAAUGCCCUCAAAUGUCACCUUCGCUUGCAUACCGGCGAAAAACCUUACAAAUGUCCCAUCGAAUCCUGCGGAAAAUCCUUCCGGCAAAACACGACACUCAAAACACACAUGGCCGCUUUGCACAUUGGCAAGUCCGUAAAGUGCGACAGUUGCGACAAAACCUUCACCCGAGCUUCGUACUUGACGGCGCAUCAACGCCUGGAACAUUUUGGGGAACGUCCUUACGCCUGUCAUCUCUGUCCGAAGCGUUACAAGCAAAAAUCCCACCUGGACCAUCAUCUGGAGGUGCAUCAGGGCGUCAAAUACGUUUGUAACGUUUGCAAUCGAAGUUAUUCGAAAAAGUGGAGUCUCCAAGUUCACAGUUACACGCACAGUCAGGAUCCGACGAAGAAGUUGCCGCAUGCCUGUAGCGAGUGUGACGAGUCAUUUGCGCGAAAAGACAAGCUGAGGAGUCACAUAAGGGCGAAACAUGAAAACGUAAAAGCGGAAAGUCACGUGGAAGUGGUUCCGAUAGCGUCGAAUGUGGUUGAAGUGGAAAGUCGUCCGAUAAUUUUGGAAAUGGAGCCCGUGAUGGAUGGAAUGAAGCAGUUUGAGGCGAGGCAGUAUCACGUUAUUAAUAUUCCGGAAGGCACGGAACUGAUACAAGAGAUCGUUAUUCCGAAUGAAGCUAUUUUUUAUUAG